AUGUCUGCCGCCAAGAGAAGCCCUCCUUUCAGAGCCGAGCACGUCGGUUCGCUACUUCGUCCCGAUGAGCUCGUUCAGAAGCGUUACGCUGUGGCCGCUGGCAAGGCUGAUGCUUCCGAGCUGAAGCCCAUUGAGGACAAGUCUGUCACUGAGGUUGUCAAGCUUCAGAAGGAUUGUGGUUUCCAUGCUAUCUCCAGUGGCGAGUACACCAGAACACGUAAGGAUAUCAAUGGACGGUUUCUAAUUCAAAUGACACCAAAANGACACAUGUUCUGGGGUACUUUCUUCGAGGAGCUUAACGGUAUGGAGGAUCGCCAACUCGGUGUCCUCAAGGGCUACGAUGCUUCUAUGUUCCGUGACUACGCACCCGAUGUCAAGUCCUUCCUCGAAGCCAAGGAGAUCCCCAACGCCGUGACUGUGUGCGUGAGCAAGAUCAGCCACCCCGGCCACACCAGCAACGCCCGCGAGCUCGAAGUCAUGAAGGCCAAUGUCCCCGAGGACGAGUGGAAGAACAUUAAGAUUACCCUCAUCUCUCCUUCUUGGUACCACUUCCGCUACCGUGCUGGACGCGCUUUCCCUCAGGAAGUCUACGCCAACGAUGAGGAGUACUUUGCCGAUGUUGCAAAGGCAUACCAGACCGAGUUGAAGCUUUUGCACGACGCUGGUAUCCGCAACAUCCAGAUCGACGACCCUAACCUUGCCUACUUCUGCUCUGAAGCCAUGCUUACUGGCUGGAAGGCCGACAAGGGAAACACAAAGACUGCUGACGAGAUGUUUGACGCCUACGUCAAGUUCUACAAUGCCUGCUUCGAGCGUCCCGCAGACAUGCAUUUGGGUAUUCAUCUCUGCCGUGGCAACUACAUGGGUAGUCGUCACUUCAGCGAGGGCGCCUACGACAACAUCGCCUCCAAGCUAUUCAAGGAUCUCAAUGUCGACACCUACUACCUCGAGUACGAUACCCCUCGCGCCGGUGGCUUCGAGCCCCUGAAGCACCUUCCCAAGAACAAGAACGUCAUUCUCGGUGUUAUUACCAGCAAGUUCCCUGAGCUUGAGGACAAGGAGAAGAUGGUGCAGCGCGUUUACCAGGCUGCUGACUUCAUUGCCGAGGGCAGUGGUCAGUCGAGAGAGGAGGCUCUUCAGCGUGUGGGUGUCUCACCUCAAUGCGGUUUUGCUUCCCACGCCGAGGGCAACUCGCUUGGCUACGAGGACAUGCGCAAGAAGUUGCAGCUCGUCAGGGGCAUUGCUGACCAGAUCUGGCCCAGCCAGCCUUAA